AUGACUGAUCUCAAUACCAAGGUCGACAUGAAGGAUGAGACAGUCGCUCAAUACUUUGAAAAUUCGGAGGACACGCAGGGUGAAGUCCUGGAGACAAGAUACGCUGGUGAGAACUCGAUUACAAGUCUGAUCAACGGGCUAAAUACUGAUUCUCCUCAGNGUCUCGGGCGAUGGAUUACUGUCAAGACCUUUUGGAAGGCCAUGCUCUUCUGUAUGGUCCUGAAUUGGGCAGCCCUCAAUGAUGGCGUGAGUAACCUCAACAAGCUCCGAAUAUCGAUACUGACAUCCUUCGCAGNNUUCCAGCAGCAAGUCCCCGGCAAUGUCAUCCCGAUGCAAGCAUUCAUCAAUCAGAUGCACGAUACCACGAUCGAUGGCAAGCCAGCAGUCAGCGCCAAAACUGUCUCGUAUUGGCAGGGAUUCGCAGAAAUGUCCAAGACCGUGGGCAUGUUUGCUGGAGGAUGGUUCGCCGAUCGAUUUGGCAGAAAGAAAGCAAUGAUUGGUGCCAUUGUCAUCCUGCUUGGUGGGUCGAUCACUGAGAUUACUGCCUUCAGUUGGCAAAGUUGGCUCGGUGCAGCAGUCCUGGUCCGUCUGGGCGUUGGACUUGCGCAGUCGAUCCUCAUCACAUACAUCUCCGAGAUUGCUCCCUUCCAGAUUCGUGGCUUCAUGAUCGGUGCUUACCAACUCUGCCUCGGAUUUGGGCAGCUCAUCGCAGCCAUCGCGACUCAGCUGGUUGUCGAGCACCAGCCCAACAAGUGGAAGCCAUUGAUUGCUACUGAGUUCGCAUUCACUGCCGUAAGUACACAUUCUGAUAGACUUGUUAGCUCAAGACCACAUGCUGAACACUCUUCAAGGNUACUCGUCAUCUUUAUCUGGUUUGUUCCCGAGUCUCACAUCUACCAUUCUCGCAAAGGCCAGCAUGAACAGGCGAAACGCUCAAUGCUCAACCUCUAUGGCAACAUCCCUGGAUACGAUGUGGAACACGAAUAUCGAGUCAUUCAACACGGUAUCGAAGCUGAAUUGGAGCUGGCUUCGGCGUCACGCAGCUCGUCCUUCUUCGAGAUCUUCAACGGCCAGAAUUGGCGGAGAACACUUGCUGGUUGUCUCGGUAUCUGCAGUCAGUGGGCUGCUGGCGCGCCUAUCGUCUUCUCCUAUUCGACANNUACUUCUUCAAAGUCGCCGGACUUGCAGACCCUUUCCUCGUCACCAUCAUCACGUUCGUUCUUGCCUCAGACCACUGUUGAGUCCAGUCCUAACGUCACCCAGAUNUCGUGCUUCUUAUCAUCUCAAUCUCUGCAUCGCUGGUUGCAUGCGAGCAUAUCGGACGUCGACCUCUGCUUGUUGGUGNGCUGUUUCAUGAUGUGUGUCUUCAACAUCUGUCUUGGUACAACCGCCUUCUUCAAGACUGUUGGAGCAGAAAAAGCAGCUCUUGGCUUCUUGUUGCUGUGGGUCAUCUGCUAUGGAGCUUCGGCUGGGCCCAUUGGCUUCGUUGCCGCUGGAGAAACCUCGACGCCUCGUCUCAGAGCUCAGACCACUUCCUUCAACCUAGGAUGCUACGGUCUCGGCUUUCCUGAUGCUGCCAAUCUAGGUAUCAAGGCAGUAUACGUAUGGGCCGGACUCCUUGUACCCUUCACCAUCCUUCUCUGGCUCUACUAUCCCGAGACUUAUGGUCGUACCUAUUGGGAACUCGACGAACUCUACGAGCGCAAGAUCCCUGCUUGGAAGUUCAAGAAUACUCCGACCACAUCCGACCAGAGUGGAAACAAGAACGCGGCUCUCAUGUCGGAGCGGGCGAAGCAGGAGGCCAAGACGGUCGCCUGA